GACAUUAAGUCUCCGUCUCUACUCAUUCAAUAGUUGACUUUCAAAAUGUUCGGACGACUUAAAGCGUUGCAUUUGGUCUUUGUAAUACUGUUCGCCUGUAAACUUUUUAUUGGUCGUACGGAGAAUGCGGUUGCUAGUGUCCCCGAUGAUGUGGCGAUGCGUCAGAAAAUCGUAACAGAAUUGGGUGAAAUGAAGGGUCUUUUGCAGAAUUUAUACAGAAGGUUCGAAGAUGCAAAUGUUGGUCCAAAUAAUGAAACUACAAUAUUUGAUAUACGGUUCGAUGCAAUACCGGAACAUUGUCAAACCAAGGAACUCCCUAUCAACUGCGAUGAGGCUACGGCAUGUAUAAAACGAAACGGAAUCUACAAAAUUUUGGUGAAGCAGUUCAGCAGUGAACCCUUCCUGGUAGAAUGCGAUGCGAAAACUUUAAACGGUGGUUGGCUACUCAUCCAGCGACGUCACGAUGGCUCUGAAAAUUUCUAUCGUGAUUGGAUCUAUUAUAAGGAUGGAUUUGGUAAUUUGCAAGGAGAAUUUUUCAUUGGGCUGGAUAAACUACACGCACUGACCAACUAUUUGGGACCGCAGGAGCUGUUGGUUGUCAUCGAAGAGGAGGGCGUCUAUAAAUAUGCCCGUUACAAUUCCUUUGCCAUUGGCAAUGAGGAGCGAUUGUAUGUUUUGAAGUCGUUGGGUAAAUAUUCCGGUACGGCCGGAGAUUCUUUGAAGAGUCAUGUCAACAUGGAAUUUACGGCACGUGAUAGGGAUCACGAUAAGGAUGUCAGUAAUUGUGCCCAACGUUAUACGGGCGCAUGGUGGUAUAAGAAUUGUCAUCAAAGUAACUUAAAUGGCAAAUAUGGCGACAACACCUUUGGCAAAGGCAUAAAUUGGCAGACCUAUAAGGGUUCAAAUCACUCAAUAACAAAUGUGAAGAUGAUGAUCCGACGUCGCCGAGAAUGAGUCGCUCUGUGAACGGUUCCUUAUUGAUAUUUUUGAGAUUGUUAAAAAAAUUGUACAAAAAAAAAAUGUUGUUGUAUUUGGGCUUGGCAAUAGCUAUGGUCAAAUUGUAUAUCCCUUAGUUGUAAAAAAAUUUACGUACAUAUCGAAAAAUAUAAUAAAAUGUUAUAUUAUUUUCAGCAA